AUGUUUACUGCUGGAUCAGUCAGGUAUAGUUCUGUUGAACAGCAGACCAAUGAUAACUGCUUGGCAUCAGCCAGACAGGUUAGUUCUGUUGAACAGCAGACCAAUGUUUACUGCUGGAUCAGUCAGGUUAGUUCUGUUGAACAGCAGACCAAUAAUAACUGCUUGGCAUCAGUCAGAAUAGUUCUGUUAAACAGCAGACCAAUGUUUACUGCUGGAUCAGUCAGGUUAGUUCUGUUGAACAGCAGACCAAUGUUUACUGCUGGAUCAGACAGGAUAGUUCUGUUGAACAGCAGACCAAUGUUUACUGCUGGAUCAGUCAGAAUGUUUGGUGUGAGUGCUGGUUUGAGGAUAAAGGAUGUACAUGUUGCGAUCCCUGAAAAUUUCAGGAAAUUGAAGCAGAAGCAGAAAGCAUUCUCUUUAGAUGAUGGACUCAGGGUGCAUGAGAAGGGAGGUGCAACAGACAAAAUACUUUACAACAUCUCUGGCCUUAUUGUUCUUAUUGGUUUCGUCGAGUGGUGCAGGGUUGUGUGGACCCUGGCCUACCCCGACUGGAAAACCUUCCUCACCAAGAACUGAAGAAACUAAA